GCCAAAUCGCAAAUGCUAGAGCCUGAGUACCACUGGCACGGCACUGCAUCGCGUCACCAUUCCUUCUCUGCCCACAAUUCCACUGCGAGUCUCCUGCUAAAACCGGCGACUACUGCACAGUGCGCUGCAGUGUGAGCGCCUGCGACCAAAGAGACUUUUCCUACUCGUCGCUCCUCUUUAAACCUGCAUUUCGCCCACCCACACAGGCACUGGCACACUCUCCUCCACGCCCACCAUCUCACGGCGCUGCAUCACCCUGCCACUGCAGUGUCCAACGCCCACCUCGUGUACCUGUUACUUUCCAACCCAUCCAAGUAAACAGUAAACAACACCUUCUCACCUCUAUCUUCUAUAUUCCAUGGCUCACCUUUCUCAAUAGCCUGCGUCCGCCAAUUCGAACGGUUACCCUCUAUUCCAAUCGACGGUUCAGCAUCUCAUACCUCGCCGGCCUGCGCAUACCCAUCCGCCCCUCGAUACGGUCCACCAUCGUCUGGAUCCCACCUCCGUCUUCCCGCACAGACACGUCCAUAUUUUCUCCUAGUUUCGACACUGUUCACCACUGACAUCCAUCAAAUCUCUCCUUGCCUUGGGCCAGCUCCAGACUGCUCUAAGAUUCAAUCUGCAGUCAGUGGCUGUGGGAUCCAUUACGCCGCACCCGCCGAUCCAGCCUGAACGGCACACUUGCUUCCAACCCUCAAAUUUGGUUCAUGGGCUCUACCAUUCUCGUUUUCACGCGACUUCUUUGAUAAAACCGUUUUCUUCGGUAUCUCUGAACACUCUGCACUCGUCGUCGCCAUGGCUUCGACGCGUCAACACCAGUUUGUUCAGAUCUACCAAGAUCCAAUGCCGCUCCCGUCCAACAUGUCUCCCACCCAUAAGCCGCGGCCGCAACUACAACCCUCAGCAAUGCCUCUACAGCCGCUACGAAACCCUCCAGCUCACCCCGAAGUCAUCUUGAACGCUCCAAUGCCUCCACAACACCAGAUUUCUCCCUUGAAGAGCCAUCCCCUAUCGCCACCAAAGCCCAAUUAUGGCAAUCUCAAUUACAUUCCUAUCCCUCCGCCUCCCUUACCUGCAAAUAUGUACACCGAUUCUCCAGCAAAGAGGCCAGCCAUGCCCACCAACCAACAAUAUCGACACGCUCAAAUGAUGCAGCAACAACCGCUCUUCACCACCUUCAAUAGCAACUUCGAUGCCUUUGAACAAGAGAACUAUGCGGUCCCCAGCAUGCCGGACAACUUCGUCGACUUCCCGGAGCCCUCGUACAUUCGCAAGCAGCCGCUCAAGAGAUCGUACUCGGACGCGCAAGUGUGCAAUGACAGGCCAUUGAAGAAGGCCCGUCAGGAUCAAGAUGCGGUUACACAUCUUCCAGAGCCUCACGAGAUGCCGCCAAUUGAGGAUGAUGGCAACAAGCCUGCAUACAGCUACGCUCAGAUGAUUGGGAUGGCCAUCUUGCGAGCUCCGAACCGCCGCCUCACCCUCGCACAGAUUUACGAGUGGAUUUCCAACACCUUCGCAUACUACCGAGAAGACACCAAGCAGAGCUGGCACAACAGCAUCCGGCACAACUUGUCGUUGCACAAGGCAUUCAAGAAACAAGAAAGACCUAAAGGCGACGCCGGCAAGGGGAGCUACUGGGUCAUUGAGCCCGGAAUGGAGGCACAGUUCAUCAAGGACAAAAACCGGCGUGGUACCAAUAUGCCACACAUGACCAUCAACGCAGGGGUGAUGCGCCCAGAGGCUCCUAAGGCAGUCCAUCCCCAGCCGCUAUCCGAUGCGUUGGUCCCCAACCCUUUUAUCGUCCAGUCAACUGAGCCUCCCCGGCCACAGACAGCUCCGGCCCUCCCAGAGUUGUCUUCAGAUGCGACAUUGCCCGCUUCAGACCCUGCCCUCAACGAACAAGAGACCGCGGAGCCCGAGGAGCAUGCGCUUCCUGCCCAACCCAAGUCAUCACCUCCCGAUGCGAUCAACUCGUCGCCGCCGGUGGUUGCCCCGACCCAUCAUCGCCAUAUUUCUUCGCCUACCGCACGAAUGCAACGACCAGCGUCAACUCACCGGCAAAAGCGGUCUUUGUCCAAGAUGGAUGAUAGUGGCUAUUUCUCUUCCAUUGAGUCUUCUGUUCUCCGUCCGAACAAGAACGCUGUUGUCCUCACUUCGGAAUUGGACAUUGAACCAAUGAGAAGAAAUCGAGGUCGUGCCGAGGAAGAAAUUGCUCGCAUCAGAGGUUCUUCCCUCGAUUUGACACCCAGCCGGGCAAGAUUCCGCAAUGCCAACACAGAGACUGCUGCGCACACUUCGUCGCCCGUUCGGGUCAGUCCGGCCACCCGAAGAAAUCCUGUGACGCCUCCGGUAGUCUUCAAAAAGCCAAUGCGCCCACCACCUUCCAUCUCCCCCAACACGCAACUUCAUCUCCACCGGAAAGCGAUGCGUGACUUUGCCAACUCGCCGAUCAAGAGCUUCGGACUACUGCAGGGCGAAGCGGAAACUUACAGUCCUCUUAAGUGGUCGACGUUGGCCUCUUCGGUUCCCGAGGAGUUUGAAAUCUUCUCGGAUCCCGCCAUUGGUCUAACUCCUGCCACUCCGGCGUUUGCCUCGUCUCCUCUGAAAAUGUCGGCUGGUAGGCCCACAUUAGGACGUGCAACCACAACUGCAGGUGUACUCAGUGACAUGAUGGGGACAUCCCACAAGCUGAAUACAAAGACACCGACCCGGACAUCCCUACUUAAAGCUGGCGUGCGGGCCUCAUUUACUGGAUCCCCAUUGAAAGGAUCCAUGACCAACACCACGAUGACCGAUGAACAGAAUGACCUAUUUGAUUUCAAUUCCUUUGAAAAUGACGCUUCUGAUAAUGAAGAGGGCGUUGAUAUUCUCAAGGGCUUUGAGAAGAUCGGCGGUCCUCCAACCCAAGCUACUGGCCCAGCGCCUGCUGGGCAUAUCCGUCGCCCUUCGUUGGGUGGACGCAGUUUUACUUCACGUUUUUGACCACGUAUUUGGUAUACGAGUGCCACAUUGGCACUGCUUUUGGCCAUUGCUGCUUUGUCUUGGUUACAAGAAGACGACUUGUUUAAUGAUCUUCUGUGAGCAGAUCAUGCCAGGCAUUGGAAAUCCGAGACGAUUGGCGCUCACCAGGCCUUAGGUUUUCCUUUGCCAGCAACCUAUCCUUCUUGAUUCAUUCCGCCAGCAACAACGACUGGCUUAUGAUGAGAAGUGCUAAUGAUUCUCUUAUCUUUGGGCUUAGCUCUGUUUGGCGACGGCUUUGGUUUCAAAGCUUUUAUGACGACGAUAUGGGACUGUAUGACUGAUAUUAAUGGCAGCCGUUAUUACUGGAGAGGAACAUUGCUCCUGGGGGAUUAGAUAGUUUGUGCAGCAAUGCAUUGAUUGUGCCCCGACUCGUACCCCGUUCUAAGCUAAGUUUAAGAUGUCCAGGUUGGAAACCUCAUGCCUGAUUAUGCGGGUACAUUAUCGUU